GUUAAAAGUUCCUUAUUACCAAAAUUUAGGAGCAUAUUACCAUCCCACUCGAUUCCUUGAGCAUACUUUAAUUCAAAAUUCGAAACAACAAUGUCAGCAUCUACGCUCUCCAUCAGCGCCAACCCGGCGGUGUCCGCUCGUCGCCGACAUGUCCUCCUCGCCGAAAAUAAAUCCAACAUCGAGUCCUUGGCCGCCGAACCCAACCCUAAUGGCGUAAAUGUCGGGGAUGAUAAGGUCUCCGGCGCCGCUAACACUGCCGGUCACAGCAGAGAUCUUAGCCACCAUUCCAUCCGUGGCGAGGCGUUAAAGGACUCCAUGCAGGCGAGAAAAGUCACUGUUGGUCAAAACACGAACGUUCCGUUGCGGCGAACACGGAAGGGAGCGGUCAACAAGUCCGAGAAACCCCGGUGGCUGACUGCGGUUAGUAUUUUUAUUAAGAAUUUAGUACUUUUACUUGUUUUGGCUGGGUUAGUUCAAAUUGUUAGGAGAUUGGCUUUGAAAUCUGGGAAAGGUAGUAGCGUUGGAACGCAGGUCAGCUUAACAGAAUUUGAGGGUAGGGUUGCUGAGGUUGAGACUUUUUUGAAGACUACUGCUAAAAUGAUCCAGGUUCAGGUAGAUGUUGUUGAUCGGAAAAUUGAAUAUGAAAUAGGUGGGUUAAGGAGGGAAUUGAAUGAGAAAAUUGAUGACCGAAGUGUGGAAUUGGAGAAUUCAUUGAAAAAAUUGGAAGAAAAGAGUGAAGGAUUUGAUAAGUCCUUAAGCGAAUUGAAGAAUAUGAAUUUGUUGACAAAUGUAGAGUUUGAGAAGAUGUAUGGAAAAAUGUUGAAAGAGAAGGUUGGAAAUGGUAAGACUGAAACAGCUGUGAGUUUGAGCGAUAUAGGAGCCUAUGCAAGAGAGAUCGUCAAGAAUGAGAUUGAGAAGCAUGCCUCGGAUGGGCUUGCAAGGGCCGAUUAUGCUUUGUCUUCUGGUGGAGGAAAGGUUGUUAAGCAUUCUGAUCCCUUUCUUGCUGGAAAGGGAAACAACUGGUUUUUGAAAGGUAGUCAAACUGUGGUUCAUCCUGAUGCAGACAAGAUGUUGAAGCCUAGUUUUGGGGAGCCAGGGCAGUGCUUUCCAUUAAAAGGAAGUAAUGGGUUUAUUCAGAUUAAGCUGCGCACGGCUAUUAUUCCUAAGGCUAUUACUCUGGAACAUGUUGCCAAGAGUGUGGCAUAUGAUAGAUCCAGUGCACCCAAGGAUUGUCGUGUCUCUGGCUGGAUGCAAGGUCGUGAUCUUAAUUUACCAGUUGACACCAAUAAGAUGUUUCUUUUGGUAGAAUUCAUGUACGACCUUGAGAAGAGUGCCGCUCAGACCUUUGAUGUAUUGGAUGCGGCUGGUGUUGGCAUUGUUGACACAGUUAGGCUAGAUUUCUCUUCCAACCAUGGAAGCACUUCACAUACCUGCAUUUACCGGUUGAGGGUGCACGGUGAAGUGCCUGACUCCGUUUCAAUGGUAAAACUGCAGCCUUGAGGUACAUCACGCUUUUUGUAUCUGCAUUACUCAUGUAAUUGUUAUUCUCCUCUGUAUUUAAUUAAAUAGUAUUUAAGUCAUUUAUAUCGGUACAAAUUCCUUCUGUUAAGGUUUUAUUCUGUGUAGCAAAUGAGUGUCAAUCUACUUGUAUUUU